AUGGGUUGUAAAGGAACAGGAUGUCAGUGUUGUGUGGCUAAAGGUAGUGGGUCUACUGGUUCCCCUAAUAAUUGCAAGCCUACGAAAAACUGUGAGGCGAAGAAAGGUUAUUGCAUCACUAACGGAGAAACGUGCCCAGGAAGACUCAGAAAGAGUGGUUGUACAGGAACGGGCUGUCAGUGCUGUGUACCGAAAACUUGCAAACCAAGAAAAGGCUGCACUGCCAAGGGUGGUGUCUGCAUUCCAUCCCAACAGACUUGCACCGGCAGAGUGAGGAAAAACGGAUGCAAGGGCAAGAGUGGCUGCCAGUGCUGCGUUCAAAAAACUUGCAAACCAAGGAAAGGCUGCACUGCCAAGGGUGGUGUCUGCAUUCCAUCCGGAGAGACUUGCACCGGCAGAGUGAGGAAAAACGGAUGCAAGGGCAAGAGCGGCUGCCAGUGCUGUGUUAAAAAAACUUGCAAACCAAGGAAAGGCUGCACUGCCAAGGGUGGUGUCUGCAUUCCAUCCGGAGAGACUUGCACCGGCAGAGUGAGGAAAAACGGAUGCAAGGGCAAGAGCGGCUGCCAGUGCUGCGUUCAAAAGGACAAAUGCGUGGGUAAAGAAAAUGACACGUGCAAGAAAUUCAAAGGAGUAUGCUCAAAGUCUUGUAGUAAAAAGAAGAGAAUCAUUAAGAAAGGAUGCACCAAAGGCAAGUGCGUGUGCUGCGCAAAAGCUUGUAAGAUCCAGCCCUCGUGCACGGCAGCCAAGGGAUUCUGCGUCAGCGGGAAGAAGGAAUGUACUUCGGGCAGGGUAGACAAGAAAGGAUGCAAAGGAAAAAGUUGCAGUUGUUGUCUUCCAGGUUCUGGGACGAAUACUACCCAAAUUGCACCAACACCUGAACCAACGAUAGUGCCACCAUUGACUUCGUCUGGCCCAAAUCCUACUGGUCCAAAUCCUCCCGGUCCAAAUACUACCAUUCCAGUUCCCCCUGGUCCAAAUCCUCCUGGUCCAAAUACUACUGUUCCCGUUCCUCCUGGUCCAAAUCCUCCAGGUCCAAAUACUACUGUUCCCGUUCCUCCUGGUCCAAAUCCUCCCGGUCCAAAUACUACUGUUCCCGUUCCUCCUGGUCCAAAUCCUCCUGGUCCAAAUACUACUGUUCCCGUUCCUCCUGGUCCAAAUCCUCCUGGUCCAAAUACUACUGUUCCCGUUCCUCCUGGUCCAAAUCCUCCAGGUCCAAAUACUACUGUUCCAGUUCCUCCUGGUCCAAAUCCUCCAGGUCCAAAUACUACUGUUCCCGUUCCUCCUGGUCCAAAUCCUCCAGGUCCAAAUACUACUGUUCCAGUUCCUCCUGGUCCAAAUCCUCCAGGUCCAAAUACUACUGUUCCAGUUCCUCCUGGUCCAAAUCCUCCAGGUCCAAAUACUACUGUUCCAGUUCCUCCAGGCCCAUCUCCUCCUGGUCCAUCUCCCCCUGGUCCAUCUCCCCCUGGUCCAUCUCCUACUACUACUGCCCCUGGUGGUGCAGAUCCCACUACUGCACCAAUAGUUACCCCAGCUCCGAUAGGACCUUCGACAGCCAGUGGAAACACUACGGGUGGUAGCACAGGACCUUCAACAGCUAGUGGAAACACCACAAGUGGCAGCACAGGACCUUCAACAGCUAGCGGAAAUACUACAAGUGGCAGCACAGGACCUUCAACAGCUAGCGGAAACACUACAAGUGGCAGCACAGGAAACUCCACAGCUAGUGGAAACACUACGAGUGGUAGCACAGGACCUUCGACAGCUAGCGGAAACGCUACAAGUGGCAGCACAGGACCAACAACAGUUAGCGGAAACGCUACAAGUGGCAGCACAGGACCUUCAACAGCUAGCGGAAAUGCUACAAGUGGCAGCACAGGACCAACAACAGUUAGCGGAAAUGCUACAAGUGGCAGCACAGGACCUUCAACAGCUAGCGGAACUGCUACAAGUGGCAGCACAGGACCAACAACAGUUAGUGGAAACACUACAAGUGGCAGCACAGGACCAACAACAGUUGGCGGAAACGCUACAAGUGGCAGCACAGGACCAACAACAGUUAGUGGAAACACUACAAGUGGCAGCACAGGACCAACAACAGUUGGCGGAAACACUACAAGUGGCAGCACAGGACCAACAACAGUUAGCGGAAAUGCUACAAGUAGCAGUACAAGACCUACAACAGCUAGUGGAAACACUACGAGUAGCAGCACAGGACCUUCGACAGUUAGUGGAAGCACUUCGAGUGGAAGUACAGGACCUUCAACACCUAGUGGAAGCACUUCGAGUGGAAGUACAGGACCUUCGACAGUUAGUGGAAGUACUUCGAGUGGAAGUACAGGACCUACAACAUCCAGUGGAAGCACUUCGAGUGGCAGCACAGGACCUACAACAUCCAGCGGAAGCACUUCGAGUGGAAGUACAGGACCUUCAACACCUAGUGGAAGCACUUCGAGUGGCAGCACAGGACCUACAACAUCCAGCGGAAGCACUUCGAGUGGCAGCACAGGACCUACAACUUCCAGCGGAAGCACUUCGAGUGGCAGCACAGGACCUUACAACUUAGGGUCCAGCGGAAGCACUUCGAGUGGCAGCACAGGACCUACAACAUCCAGCGGAAGCACUUCGAGUGGCAGCACAGGACCUACAACAUCCAGCGGAAGCACUUCGAGUGGCAGCACAGGACCUACAACAUCCAGCGGAAGCACUUCGAGUGGCAGCACAGGACCUACAACAUCCAGCGGAAGCACUUCGAGUGGCAGCACAAACCUACAACUUCCAGCGGAAGCACUUCGAGUGGCGCACGGACUACAACAUCAGCGGAAGCACUUCGAGUGGCAGCACAGGACCUACAACUCCGCGGAAGCACUUCGAGUGCAGCACGGACAAGGACCUACAACCUCCAGCGGAGCACUUCGAGUGCAGCACAGACCUACAACAUCCAGCGAAGCAACUUCGAGUGGCAGCACAGGACCUACAACUUCCGCGGAAGCACUUUCGGUGGCAGCACAAGGGGCCACAACAUCCGCGGAAGCACUUCGAGUGGCAGCACCGGACUACAACAUCCAGCGGAAGCACUUCGAGUGUCAGCACGGACCUACAACUUCCAGCGGAGCACUGUCGAGUGCAGCCACAUGA